CCUCGAAAACCCUAAAACGGCGCCUAUUUCCUUUCAGUGUUUUUAUCUGAGAAGAGAUACUUGGCCUCCUCCUCCUCCGUUCGCCGCCAUGUUUGAGUACCGUUGUAGCUCCAUCGAUUGGAAGCCAUCUCCAAUCGUAGCUCUUGCUACCAGCCCCGACGGUUAUCAGGUCGCCACAGCUCGCGAAGACGGUUCUCUCGAGCUCUGGCUCGUCUCCCCCGGCGCUGUCUCCUGGCACUGUCAACUCAUCAUCCAUGGAGAUCCGAAAUCGAGAAUCUCAUACCUUGCCUGGAUUGGCGUUGGCUCUAAAGGAUCCUCUAGGUUACUUUCGUCUAGCAUAGAUGGCACGAUUUCAGAGUGGGAUCUUUUUGACUUGAAGCAGAAGGUCGUCUUAGACUCAAUUGGAGUAUCAAUCUGGCAAAUGGCUGUAGCUCCUCCCUCGACUGAAUCAGGAGGUAAAAGACCUGAGGUGAUUCAGAAUAGAUACUUGAGUGAGAAAUCAGAUGACGAGGAAGAAAGUGAAACCGAAGAUGAGCUUGGCGCGAAAUCAGAGGUCUCUGAUAGGCAUCUUGCAGCAGCCUGUGAUGAUGGCUGCGUGAGAAUAUAUUCUAUAUCUGAAUCAGACAAGUUAUCCUACUAUAGAUCGUUGCCUCGGGUCAGUGGACGGGCUUUAAGUGUGACGUGGAGUUUGGACGCGCAGAGAAUCUUCUCUGGCAGUAGUGACGGGUUGAUAAGAUGUUGGGAUGUUAACCGCUGCCAUGAGGUAUAUAGAAUUACAGUUGGACUUGGAGGACUGGGAAAUGGGUCCGAGCUCUGCAUUUGGUCACUUCUUGCGUUGAGAUGUGGAGUUCUUGUCAGCGGAGAUAGUACAGGAACUGUCCAGUUUUGGGAUAGCCAGCAUGGAACUCUUUUGCAAGCGCAUUCUAAUCACAAGGGUGAUGUUAAUGCUCUUGCAGCAGCCCCAAGUCAUGACCGCGUGUUUUCUGCAGGAGCUGAUGGACAGCUUAUUCUAUAUAAGCUCGCUGGUGGUACAUUUAAAUCACAAGAUUUGAAACCUUCUUCCACCAAGAAGUGGGAUUAUAUUGGUUGUGCAAGGGCUCAUACGCAUGACAUCAGAGCUCUAACUGUGGCAGUGCCAAUAAGUUCCGAAGGCACCUUUCCAGAGAGUCAUGCAAAGAGAAAAAGUCGUAAACAGCGCAGGAAGGACAAGCCGACUGGUUUCAGUUACCAUAAAUGGGCACACAUGGGGGUUCCAAUGCUCAUUUCAGCUGGUGAUGAUGCCAAGCUUUUUGCAUACUCGGUUCAAGAGUUCACUAAGUUCCCGCCACAUGAUAUAUGUCCUGCACCUCAGAGAGUACCUAUGCAGAUGGUACACAACACAGUGUUCAAUCAGACUUCUCUUCUCAUGGUUCAGGAAUCUUGUUCUUUAGAUAUUCUUCGUAUUCACAUAAGCAGUGAUUGUAGUGGGCGUGUCUCCACCAAGCCAUUAGUUCGUGUUAAAAGUAAAGAUGCCCGGAAGAUCAUAUGUAGUGCAAUUUCUAAUACAGGAUCACUUUUUGCGUAUUCUGACCAAAUUCGCCCAAGCCUGUUUGAGUUGGAGAAAAGUAAACUUGGGAAGAAUCCAUGGAGUCCCAACAGAAAGCGACUUCCCAGUCUUCCAUUUGCUCAUUCCAUGGUCUUCAGCUAUGACUCCUCUCGGCUGAUAAUAGCUGGGCAUGAUAGAAAGCUAUAUAUUAUUGACAUUGAUAGCAUGGAGCUAUUAGAUACUCUUACUCCACGCCAGGAAAGUGAAUCUCCUCCACGUGAGCCUCCAAUUACAAAAAUUUAUACUAGCUCAGAUGAUCAUUGGCUAGCUGCUAUCAAUUGCUUUGGGGACAUUUAUGUGUUCGACCUGGAAACACAGAGGCAGCAUUGGUUCAUGUCAAGGCUUGAUGGUGCAUCUGUUGCAGCCGCUGGUUUUCAUCCCAGGGACAAUAACAUGCUCGUGAUCUCAACCUCUUCAAACCAGGUCUUUGCAUUGGACGUGGAGGCUAGAGAGUUGGGCAAGUGGUCAUUGCGGCAUACUUUUUGUUUGCCAAAGAGCUUCCAAGAGUUUCCUGGUGAGGUCGUAGGACUAUCAUUCUCUCCAUCACCAAGCUCAUCAUCUGUAAUCAUUUACAGCUCCAGAGCAAAGUGUUUGAUCGAGUUCGGGAAGCCGACAGAACAAGGGGAAGAGAUGGAUUUGACAUUCGGCAGCAACCUGUCUGAUAAGGUGGAAGGGAGAAUUGCGAGCAUUGGGUUGGAGAAACUGGGAAGCGAGAACAGAAAGCGUAGAUUGGAGGAAUAUAAAAAAGAGAGCAAGAAGGGUAAGGAGAGAGAGAGCUUUGAAAUGGGAACUUGGAAGCAUCCGGUUUUAUAUCUAAGACAUCUAUCAAAAAGUGCAACAUUGGUGGUAGAGAAACCAUGGAUGGAAGUUAUCAAGGGUUUAGAUUCACAGCCAGUUCACAGACAUAUAUUCGGGACAUAAGGCCACAGCAGGAGGGAGAAAAAAGGGAGAGUUUCUCUUGUCAAUGUUCGAGGUCCAACUUGAAGAGUGUCAGAGGUGGAAGAAGUAUAUUUGCUUUCUAUAUGUUGUGCAAUAUUAUAUGCUUCUAAGAAUUUUGUAAUAGCCUCUCAAUUAGUCUAUUUUUGGCUUUGUUUAUUCCGUUUUUUUUUGUUUUAACUUUUUAACUUGUUGUACUUGUCAGUCGUCACUCGUUGGAUAUUGAGUUUUUCUAGCUCAUAAUUUUAUUCAAUAUUAAGAAUUUGUUGUCCUCUUA